CCUACGGCAGCGCGGAAGCCGGCCUUCGGGUCGGGUCGGGUCGGGUCGGAUCGGAUCGGGUCGGGUCCGGGCGAAGCCAGUUCCCGGUAGAGCAGCCUGGCGGAGGGGGCAGAGCGGCCACGAUGAGGUGCUGCCGCGUCUGCGCCUUCGAUGCCGCCCGAGGGCCCCGGCGGCUGAUGCGCGUGGGACUUGCGCUGAUCCUGGUGGGCCACGUGAAUCUCCUAGUGGGAGCUGUGCUGCAUGGUACUGUCCUGCGGCACGUGGCCAACCCCCGUGGCGCGGUCACUCCUGAGUACACCACAGCCAAUGUCAUUUCUGUGGGUUCGGGACUACUGAGCGUUACCGUGGGACUUGUGGCCCUUUUGGCAUCCAGGAACCUUCUUCUCCCACGACUGCACUGGGCCCUGCUGACGCUGGCCUUGGUGAACCUGCUCUUGUCUGCUGCCUGCUCCAUGGGCCUCCUCCUGGCUGUGUCGCUCACUAUUGCCAAUGGUGGCCGCCGUCUUAUUGCUGACUGCCAUCCAGGACUGAUGGAUCAUUCCAUACCACUGGACCAGGGGCCUGGACACACUGACUGCCCCUUUGAUCCCACAAGAAUUUAUGAUACAGCCUUGGCUCUCUGGAUCCCUUCUCUGUUCAUGUCUGCAGCUGAAGCUGUUCUCUCUGGUUACUGUUGUGUGGCUGCACUCACGCUACGGGGAAUUGGGCCCUUCAGGAAGGAAGGGUUGCAGGGACAGCUGGAGGAACUGACAGAGCUUGAACCUCUUGAGUGUAAAAGGCAGGAGAAUAUACAGCUGCUCCACCACCACCAGGAUUUCCAGGCCUUACAGAAAACCUGGGUUUAGGACAGGAGGUGCUCGGCUGAGGCGCAUACCACAGGUGUUUUCUACUACGCACGCCAUGGGGCCCCAACCCUAGGGCGCUAUAAAUAAUUGUAAUAAAAGAACUUGGUUUUUGUCUUCG